AUGAGGGAGACCUUCAUCUAUCAGCCAAACCACCUGUUUUAUACCCAGGAGCCAUUGUUAGGGUAUAAGCCAGGCGGUUACCAUCCAGUCACCCUCGGUGAUAGCUUCAAAGAUGGCCGUUACCAGGUACAUCAUAAACUAGGAUGGGGAAAGUACUCGACAACCUGGUUGGCGUACGACAAAAGCAAUGGCUACUGGGUUUCACUUGAGAUCGUGACUGCAAACGCAGACGAUUCAUCGAGAUCCCGAGAACUGCAUCAUUUGCAGUUAUUGGAGGGGAGAUGCAAGGGAUUCUUGUCCUCCAAAUACGUCAUCCAGUUCCUUGACAUCUUUUCUCACAACGGCCCUAAUGGGGACCACCAAUGUCUGGUAUUUGAGCUGCUCGGGCCGCCUGUCGAAUGGGUGCUCAUGGAUUACUCCGCCUGUGCGGAUCACCCGGAAUACACGGAUCCUGGAGAUAAGCUUGAGCCCGGUACCAUCAUGCGAAUGUCAAGACAGCUCCUCGAGUGCGUCGAGUUUAUUCAUAGUGCCGGGAUGGCGCAUGGAGACAUAAGUGGAUGGACUGUUGUAUUCAGCGGUAAAUCAUUGUCAACGAUAAGAGAACGUAUUUUCAAAUUCGUCGGAGUCCCAGAGGUCGAGCCACUAGUACGCUCGGAUGGUAGAGCACUGGAUGAAGGGCUACCAACGCAUCUGGUAAAGGCGAUAGUAUGGGAUAGCUGGGUAGAGGAGGAUCACGAAGAUCUUCGAAUAAUCGACUUUGGUAGGAGCUUUUUUCAAUGGGAAAAGAAUGGAAAAGCAGCCAAACCUGGGCUGUUGCCAGCCCCUGAGACUAUCUUCACGGGGUCAUUUGACUAUAGAGUUGACCUGUGGCGUGCUGGAUGUGUGAUAUACUCGUUCGUUUUUGGGGCAAGCCCCUUUACAUAUAAGGGUGAUAACAAUGCCUUGGUGGCGCAGAUGAUAGGGUUAGUGGGAACGAAUAAUAUGCCAGAAGACUGGAAAGCACAAUACAGUGUUGGACAUGGGCUUGACAGGAAGAGAAAUACUCAAUUAUCAGAACUAAAACGAAGGCUUGUUGAACAUGUGAAUAUUCCAGACCUCGCACCUCUCGUCUCUGUUAUUGAAGGAUUGAUGAGACUCGUGCCAUCCAGUCGUAUCACAGCAUCAACUGGACUUAGUCUGUUGGGCCCGAAGAAGCGUGUUUCUAACUAGCCUUACUGACGCUGUUUUCCUUCCACAACCUUCUCGGGACGCAGGUAAUGUCGACAUGUAAAAACUUAAUUUGAAAUCAUGAAUACAUGUCGGAAGACCGUUUACU